AUGGUACAUGAGCCGGCUCCCUUGAGCGUCCUCACCAACAUCGAGUCCCAGGUUUCCGGCGGGUGCCGAUGGAGGGACUCCAAGUUCCAUCCUCCCAUCGUAUCGUCGGUGACGUCUCCGAGGGGCACGGCGUGCGGGUUGGUGUGCCUGCUGCGCGACAUCCCGACGCUGAUCGCGCCGUGUCACGUCAUCGGAGGCAUCGAUGAGCUCCGCUCGGUCAAAGCGGUGGCUCGAGUCCCCAUCCACCCCGUCGACGCGUUCGGGAGCGAGACCGUUGCGAAGGACACGGCGUCCGCCGCGGUGCACAUGGAGCUCAAGCUGGACCCCGAGACGCUGUUCUUCCACAGCCCACCGCCGUCCGCGGGUCGUCCCCUGGACCAUAACCACCUGGACUACGUCGCAGUCGCCAUCAGGUACCCUUACCCGAGGGAGAGGCUCAGGAGGCUGGAGGAUGCGGCCGAGGUGGUCGCGCCGCGGACCCGAAUGACCCUCUUCGCCGCGCCCGGGGAGUGGCACGAGCUCACGUCCGACGACCCCGAGGCCCUCGCCCGCCGAGCGAAGCGAUACCAACUCACGUCCGCGUCCGCCGCGGCGUGUAUUAGCAGCCGAGGGGGCGCGGCAGCCGCCGCGGAGGUCCUGUGGAGGCCUGGAUGGGUCACUUCGAGCAACGCGCUCACCGCGGCGGAGCACGUCGUCGUCCGGCACAACGCGACCAGGCUGCCGAACGAGGCCGGGGCGCUGGUGAUGUCCGCGACGCCGGGGUGGAACGGUUCGGAGCCCAGCGCGGGACCGGGCGAGUACUGGUCCGGGCUGCGGCUGCUGGCGCUGCAGAGGUCGAGGACCGGGGACGGUGAGGAGGGCGCGGGGGUUAUGAUCGCGGAUGUCCUCCGCGACGUCGCCGAGCACGAGGCGGAGCGGACCGUUCGAGCAUCCGUGAAAGCCCUGAGGAUGCGACCGGUGGUGGAGGAGCUCAUGCGCGACGCGGCGGGUAUGUAUCCCGGGUCGGGUUCCAGGGGUAUGAGGUGUCGCGCCGCCAUCGAGGCGCUCCUCGCGGUCGGCAACGAGCCCGUUGGCGCCACCGCGCAGGCUGCGCUCAUGCAUAAAAACAGCGACAGGGAGAUUCUGACGGUCAACUCCACCGCACGGGCCGAGAACGGAUGCGCGCACCUGCAACGGGACAUGGAGCGAUGGACGGAGCGGUUCUCUCUGUCCGUGCAGCUCGCGGACGCGACGUGCCACGCCCUGGGCUGGCUGGCUCGCGCGCGCAUAGGCGACGGCGACGCGGGCGCGGGCACAGGCGACGCGCUCUGUCUUAAACUGAUGUGGCGUCAUCCAACGUGCGGCGCGCUGCGGGCGAAGGGUUUGUGGGCGCUGCGGAUGCGGCUGCAGCACAGGAUGAAUCACCCGGCGGUUGGGUCGGACGGACGGACGGGUCUGGCGAGGAUGGCGGAGGCGGCUAAGCGGGCGUUGCAGGAGCCGGAGGAGGUUGCGGAGGGGCCGGGGCGAUCGGCGAUGAUGAACCAGGCGGCCAUGCUCGCGGACCUGUGUCUACAGAGCGUGCCGGGGUAUCCGCCGGAGAAACCCGCACCGCCCAUCAUCCCCGAGGACGUGACAGACAGGCCGAGGAGCUACUUCAACGACACGGCGCACCUCCUUUAG